UCUCAUAAAAGCCAUCAGGAAGGAGCCCCUCUAAAGCAGAGAGAAUCUCAAGGUUUCUGAGUCCAUGAGCCUCCUUUCUCUGCUACAAGAUCAAAAAGAGCACAGAGCUAACCGGAGCAGCUGCCCCCUUUACAGCCUUCCUGAGAAGAUGCACCUGUUUCUACUCCUGCUCCUGCUCCUGCUGGCCUGCUUCCUGCCCCCCGGGACACAGGCAGGGGAAAUCAUCGGCGGACAUGAAGCCAGACCCCACUCCCACCCCUACAUGGCAUGUCUGAAGACCUCUGAGGAAGAGUCUGAUUGCUUCUGUGGUGGUUUACUCAUCCGAGAGGAUGUCGUGCUGACGGCUGCUCACUGUUAUCAAUGUUCAAUCACUGUCAUCCUGGGAGCCCACAACAUCAGCAAGUCUGAGAGCACCCAGCAGGUCAUCUCAGUGAGCAGAGCCAUCCCCCACCUGAACUACAGUGAUCACACCCUUACCAACGACAUCAUGCUGCUGAAGUUGGUGAAAAGGGCUAAGCUGACCUCAGCUGUGCAGCUCCUCAGGAUGCCCAGCCCUGGUGCCCAGGUGAGGCCAGGACAGGUGUGCACUGUGGCCGGCUGGGGGAGAACUUCUCCCAUUCAUCAGAAAUCAUCAAACGUAUUGCUGGAGGUGAACCUGAUCGUGCAAGAAGAUUAUCAGUGUCAAUCUCGUUUUGCAGAGGCAUAUAUCAAAGCCACUCAGCUGUGUGUUGGGGACCCAAACCUAAGGAAGGAUUCCUUUCUGGGGGAUUCCGGGGGCCUCGUGUGUAACAGUGUGGCCCAGGGCAUCGUGUCCUAUGGUGACAAAUGUGGAAAACCUCCAGGGGUCUACACCAAAAUCUCCAGUUUCCUGCCCUGGAUAAAGGAAACCCUGCAGAUGGGGGCCUAGAAGCUGCCUCAACAGCAGGACACCUGCCUUUCCUGUGUGAAGACCUGGCUGUGACAUCAGAUACAACACAUGAAAGAGCAGAGCAGUAUCCUGUCUCUCUCUGUCUAUCUCACUCAUGCUCUCACUCUCACUUUUGCAAUAAAAAAAUGCAUU